AUGGGGAGUAGUUGUUGUAAUCAUCGAGAGAUGAAUUAAAGUUAAUUAUAGAAGCAUACUCAGAUAUUGACUCCUGUGAUCAAGUCGAAUGAUAAUUGGGAUUCCUUUUAGGAUGAUGAUGACUUGAUUUUACCAAUGCAAAAAUAUACAACCUUAAGUGCAGUAACAAAAAUUGAACUUGAUUUUACAUAAAUUACGCAUCAGACAAAGAUGAAGAAGACAAUUUAAUUGCCAUCUGCGAGAAAAUCAGUAAAAAUUAGUUACGACAAUUUUAUUACGAUGAAAUAAGGGGAAUGGAAUGAAUAAUAUAGCAUUUUGAAAAAACUAGGAUAAGGUAGCUAUGGAUGUGUAUGGUUGGGUAAACAUAAUAAGACUGGCAUUUUGAGAGCACUCAAGUAAAUUAAAAAGGAUUCUUUGUUAUUUGAAGACCAAUAAAGAAUGUUAUCAGAGCUUAACAUACUAAAAUCACUAGAUCAUCCAAAUAUUGUGCGCGUUUUUGAAUGCUUUCAAGAGGACGAUCAAUACAUAGUUGUCACAGAAUAUCUUCCAGGAGGAGAGUUAUUCGAAAGAAUAAAGAAACUCUAAAUUUUUAGUGAAAGAAUGGCAGCCGAUUACAUCAAACAAAUAUUAUAAGCAGUCAGUUAUUGUCAUGAGAAAUAAAUUGUUCAUAGAGAUUUAAAACCAGAGAACAUUUUAUUGAGUGGAUAAGGAGAGGAGAUUAAAGUGAUUGACUUUGGAACCUCCCGUCAUUUUACUCAGAACUUUGAUAUGAAAAAAAGAUUAGGGACUCCUUAUUACAUAGCCCCAGAAGUCUUAAAUCAAAAGUACAAUGAAAAAGUAGAUAUUUGGUCAUGCGGGGUCAUUCUGUAUAUUUUCUUGUGUGGUUAUCCUCCGUUUGCUGGGAAGACUGAUAAAGAGACUUUGGCAAAGGUCCAAGCAGGGAAGCUUAUUUUUGAUAGAAAUGAUUGGUCAACUGUAUCAAGUGAUGCUCAGGAUUUAAUUAGCAAGAUGUUGAACCUAGAUGUUAGUAAAAGAUAUUCUGCCCUUUAAGCAUUAAGACAUUGUUGGAUUUAAAAAAAUGCCAAGUAAGAAAUAAUCUCUUUACAAUUGUUAAGCAAUAUUGAAAAGUUUUAGGUAUAAAGUAAUUUUAAGAAAGCAGUUAUGACAUAUAUGGUGAGUUAAACCUUGCAUAGUUAAGAAAUUAGUGAACUUAAAGCUACUUUUAAUGCUCUUGAUAAGAAUCAUGAUGGAAACUUAAGUAAGCAAGAAUUGAUAGCUGGUUACAGAGUUUUGUUAAGGAGUUAAGAAUAAGCUGAAGAAAAAGUGAAUUAAAUUUUAGAUACUUUAGAUUUAAAUCAUUCGAAUCUUAUUGAUUAUUCAGAGUUUAUUAUGGGUGCAAUGAGAGUAGAAAAAUUAGUUUCAAUUGAAAGGAUUAGAUAGGCCUUUCGAAUGCUUGAUUUAAAUGGAGAUGGAUAUAUUUCAAAGGAUGAACUAGAAGAAGCGAUGGGAUUCUUAGAACCUGAAAUUUGGGAACAAUUUUUAAAUGAUUGUGAUCUCAACAAAGAUGGGAAGAUAUCAGAAGAGGAAUUUAGUAAAAUUUUAACUACAAUAUGA